GGUUGAGCAUAAAAAGACGAGACACACACUCAAGGGGGACAUGAGACAGCAAGGACGUCGCCAUGCAGACGUCACAGCCAGUCGUCACUUUGUGGACCGCCGUUUUGACGACGACGACGAUGAUGAUGAUGAGGAGUGAAGUGACAUCGAAACAGAACUGGUGUUCCAACUCAACGGUGUUACGGACGCGCACGUCGUGUCACUCAUGCAGCCUGACCGCCAUCUUGUCGUGUUCUUCCGGCUACAAGAGGACACCUGGGGCCACGACACAGGACUGCCAGUAUUACAUCCGUAGCGCCACCUUAAAGCUGUCAAUCACUGGUUGUUCCUUUGAGUGCUACAAGGAAGCAGAGCUUCAAAUGUGCUGUCCAGGAUACUGGGGACCUGACUGUGCUGAAUGUCCAGAAGAGGCAGAACGACCUUGCAGCAACAGAGGAUCUUGUUCUGAUGGACUUGGAGGAAACGGAACCUGCAGCUGUCAGGUGGGAUUUGCAGGUAUGGCGUGUGAGGACUGUGAAGUGGGUCGAUACGGUCCCACCUGUAGCGGAGUCUGUUCGUGUGUUCACGGCUUGUGUGAUGGCGGCCUCAAAGGUGACGGCACAUGCACCUGUUUCUCCGGUUACACGGGCCCAAAGUGCGAUCAAGAGCUUCCAGCGUGUGCUUCCCUUCAGUGCCCGCCUAAGUCGCGUUGCAUGGAAGAAGCUCUGACGGGUCGCCUGGUCUGUCAGUGUCUCCUCGGAUACCGGAAGUCCGGCGACGAGUGUUCAUCCAUAAACCCAUGUGUGAAGAAAGUGUGUCACGUGCACGCCACCUGUAUCCACUCUGGGCCAAACCAGCACAUCUGUGCUUGUAACCAAGGUUACAGCGGGGACGGGCGGGUCUGCAUGGCUGUGGACCCGUGUCAGACCAAUCAGGGCGGCUGCUCGGCUGUGUCCAGCAUCUGUGUCUAUGAUGGACCGGGCAAGUCUCACUGCGAGUGUCUUCCCGGCUUUGACAAGUCGGCGGAUGGCGGUUGUCACCUGGCGGAUUCGUGCACGCCCGAUUCAUGCCACAAGAACGCCAACUGCACCACGGUGAAACCAGGACGAGUCCAGUGCACUUGUCUCCAAGGUUACCAUGGCGAUGGCAAAGUCUGCUACGGUAACAUAAUGCAACGUCUCUACGAGCUCAACACGGAACCGGGCGGCCAGUGGAGUGGUCAGCUGACCAACGCCAUCACACUCUUUGGUUCUGUGUCAUGGCCCCUGCAGAACUUGGGUCCUUUCACGCUUUUCGUUCCAAUCAAUAGAGGUUUCAGAGGAAUGUCGCUGCGGGCUUUGACUGUCAACUCCUCCAAAGCCAAGUACCUGUGUAAGAUGCACCUGGUUGCCGGGGUGAUGACGUCUGACACGCUUCAAAAAAACGACGUCUUCUAUACGCUGACGGGGAAGUCGGCGGAAAGCGACACAUCUGACAGGGACUCGCAGACUACCAUCCGAAUCCAUGGCAGCAGGAAGAGGGGUGUGGUCCUCCAGUCGGACCUAGUCGCCUCCAAUGGUAUAAUCCACAUCCUCAACAAGCUGAUGGACAGUGUCGCUCCGACAGUGGAGAGCGAUGUUAAGGAGAACUUAAUCAAGAUUGUGUCCGACUACGGCAAGUUUGGGACAUUCAGUUCUUUACUGGAGACCGUCGACCUGGCUUCCAUCCUGGACGCCCCAGGUCAGGUGACGGUCUUUGCCCCUGUCAGCUCGGCCUUUGAAGACAUGUUGGAUGGUCACCUGGAAUACCUGCGCAGCGUUGCGGGCGCUACAAAGCGGUUGGAGCUUCUAAGGAAUCACUUUGUGGCGUCCACGCAGUUGGAUGUCUUCAACGCCGUGUCCGGCCCGCGACUUGUCACGAUGGCCAAUCAGGUGCUGAGCAUCAACGUCACCCAAAACGGUCAGGUGUUGGUGAACACAGCGGCCGUGUUGGAAGCCGAUGUGGAGGCGAAGAAUGGUCGUCUGUACGUGAUUGACACGGUUCUAACGCCGGCAUCCAUCCAGCCCCUGCUGCCUCAAAGGUGUGACGUCACGGAGACCAAGAUCACCAUGGGCAAAUGUGUGAGCUGCUCCAAAGUCAAACUGUCACAGUGCUCGCCAGGCGGCGUCUACACGGGCUACUCUGUCUUCGGCUGUAUUUACACUCUCUCCUUUGAUGGCUCGCCGUUGGGUUUCCCGGUGACCGGAUGCUCGCCACGCUGCAAUGUCACUGUCACGACUCCCGUCUGCUGUAAAGGCUUCUUCGGUCCGGACUGCAAGCCGUGUCCCGGAGGACACCAGGUGCCAUGUUCAGGACAUGGUCAGUGCUUCGACGGCAUGGAGGGAAACGGUACAUGCAGCUGUCCGCCAAACCUCAGAGGCUCUCGUUGUCAGUUUUGCGCGGCCUUGAACAAAUUUGGACCCGAUUGUGACUCCACGUGUCCUUGCAUCCACGGGCUGUGCGACAAUCGACCCGACUCCGACGGACGCUGCAAGCCGGACUCGUGCCAUUCGGGUUUCACGGGUCGCUUCUGCGAACGCAGGACGGCGCCGUGCGGAGCUCUGGUCCAAUUCUGCCACGCCCACGCCGACUGCGACUUCAGCCAGGGCACCCCAAAGUGUGUUUGUCGACCUGGAUACCAAGGCGAUGGAAUCACUUGUGUGGAAUCGGAUCCGUGUGCUCCACCACUGCGAGGCGGUUGUAGUGAGAAUGCCAGGUGUGUAAAGACGGGCCCGGCCACACGCUCCUGCCAGUGUCUGUCCGGAUGGCAGGAAGAUGAAGACGAGUGUCAGCCAAUCAACAACUGUUAUGCUGAUGACCACGGUGGCUGUCACCCCAACGCCACCUGCGUCUAUGUGGGACCUGGACAGAACAACUGCAAAUGCAACGGCGGUUACCAAGGAAACGGUCGUGAGUGUGAAGUUGUCAAUCAGUGUGUCACCCAGAGCGGCGGUUGUCACUUCCUGGCCAGCUGCCAGCUGAGUUCAUCCGAGUGGACAUGCGUGUGUGAUGAGGGCUACGCGGGUAACGGUCGCUUGUGUUACGGCAGCAUUCAGCAGGAACUGACGAUGCUCCCGGAAGCUUCCGACUUCUCCAAGUUGAUCAACGAGGCGGGUCUAAGUCCUUCGCUCUCGGAGAACAACAUUACCCUCUUGUUGCCUUCGUCCGAUGCGGUUGCCAAAAUGUCUCCCGAGGACAAAAAGUUCUGGAUGGCGAAGGGAAACCUGCCAAGUCUCAUCAGACAUCACAUGAUUGCCGGCGUUCAUCCACUUAACAGCCUCAGCAGCAUUUCCUCCAUCACCACGCUUCUCAACACACCACUUCCUGUUUCAACGAGCCAGGAGAUGACGUCUGUGGGCGGAGCUGUCAUCACCACACCUGACCUGGCUGCGACCAAUGGGAUCAUUCACGUGCUUAACAAGGUUCUGCUUCCAGACAGGAAGCUGAGCGAAGGCCUUCUGGCGACGUUACGACAGCGAUUGGAACUUUCGCUCUUCACGUCCUAUCUAAUCGAAUACAAUCUGAUAGACGAGAUAGAGCAGGCCGGAGAGUUCACAAUCUUCGCCCCUACCGACGCCGCCAUCAAAGAGUACCUUGGCAAAAUGGCUGCCAUGGCACUGGACAUCAAUAUGACUCGUUACCACUUGGUGGCGUCGGACCGUCUGCUGAAGACCGACCUGCAGGUUGGCGGCUACAAACAAACCAUGCUUGGAUUCCGCUUCCAGCUGGGCUUCUUCCCUCGAGACGGAAAGCUGUUUGUCAACGAGGCUCCCAUCAACACAUCAAACAUCCUGAGCGGGACUAAAGGAGUCGUUCACAUCCUCUCGGCGGUUCUGACAGUCGAGCGGAACCGCUGCGACGAAAUCCAACAGCUCAAAGUGAAGGGUUCCUGUGUGGACUGUCUCUUCCCACGCGGGGACGUUUGUCCGUCUGACAGCACUCCAGACACAAAGUCCAAGAGGAAGAAGUGCAUGUUCGCACGCUCCUUCGAGGGCGAGCGACUGCUCACCAUCGGUUGUCGUGCCACGUGCUUAAAAACGCAAAUCGAGCACGCGUGUUGCGAAGGAUUUUACGGCCCGCACUGCGAGGCCUGUCCUGGAGUCAAAGGUCAACCCUGCUUGGGUAAUGGCGUUUGUUCGGACGGAAUCAACGGAACCGGACUGUGUCGCUGCAACGAAGGCUUUUUGGGAACGGCUUGUGAGAUGUGCCAAAGCGGGAUAUACGGCAUCCACUGCGACCAGGUCUGCCGCUGUCUAAAUGGCCGCUGUAACGACGGGCCUAAGGGCGAUGGGACGUGUGAGUGCGACCCCGGCUGGCGGGGUGUUCUCUGUGCCGAAGAGAUUUUGUCCACAGAAGAGCUUUGUGGUUCCGUCUUGUGUCACACCAGUGCCAAUUGUGUGCUCCGACCGUCCGGAUCAGAAUGUGUGUGUGCCGCCGGCUUUCAGGGAAAUGGAACUUUCUGUCAAGCAAAAGAUGCGUGUGUGCAAGAUAACGGUGGCUGCAGUUUGUUUGCGGUUUGUAAACGAACUCGACCCGGCCAACGUACGUGUGCGUGUAACCAAGGCUACGCUGGCGAUGGACUGGUUUGUAUAGGGAUAAAUCCGUGCCUGGAAGAAAACGGCGGUUGCCAUGCCAACGCUGAUUGCGUGCACACGGGCCCAAACAAAACGUCUUGCCGCUGCAUGGACGGCUACGCGGGAGACGGACGCAGCUGCACGGCGGUCAACUUGUGUCAAAAGAAAAAGGGCGGCUGUCACCAGUACGCCAGCUGUAACAUGACAGGCCCCGGGGUCCGCGUGUGCACGUGUGCCAAUAACUUCAUCGGCGAUGGUUUGACCUGCAAAGGCACCGUCGGCAAGGAAAUUCUGAGCAGACAUCUGCAAGAUUUUUACCUGGGCCUGAUGUUGGUAGAAGUAUCGCUAAAAGGUCGCGGCCCGUUCACCGUAUUUGCUCCGAGCACCUCCGCCUACAUAGCGGACAAAAAUGGGCCAGGCAGGAUGAAACGUUUGAUGUUGGACAAGCACAAAGAAGACUUGAGUGCCGUCCUGCGCGGUCACAUCGUCAUGUGUCACACCUUGCUGCCCGCUGACCUGCAGACGCCUCGGAACCUCACCACCUUGUCCGGACUUGUCCUGGCAACAAGCUCCUCCCAGGGCAGCAUUUUCGUCAACCAGGCCAACGUCACGUACAGCGACGCACUCAGCGUCAACGGAAUCUUCCACGAGAUUGACAGGAUUCUGUUCCCGCCCCAUUUGGACGCCAAGAUGGAGUCAGAACCGACCCUGAACUUGACAAACGUGGCCGAUCGUAACGGUUUCGGGACUUUCUCCAAGCUUCUGCAGGCCACGGGUGUGAUGGACAUGGUGCAUGAGGGGAGGUACCAGCCAGUGACGCUGUUCAUGCCCUCAAAUGCUGCCAUGGCCACCUUGCCACAGGAGCAGAAGGACUUCCUGUUUCACCCAAACAACCGCAUGCACCUGAAGGAGUACCUCAAGUAUCAUGUUGUCCAGAACCACAAGGUUUACGCUGAAGGCCUGAUCCAUUUGGACUCUGCUCGGACGCUGCAGGGCUCGUCUCUCUCGUUUAAUUGCGGCGGCCCGGACGAGAUUGGACAGAUCUUCGUCAACGACGGAAAGUGCCGGAUCGUCCAAAGACAUCUUGUGUUUAACGGCGGCAUCGCUUACGGGAUCGACUGCCUGCUGACCCCGCCCAGCCUUGGGGGGCGGUGUGAUGAGCAGACGACCUUUGACCUUGAAAUGACUUGUGGUAUGUGCAAAAUGAAGGCCAAUCAGUGUCCGGGUGGAUCCACGCAGAAGAAGGUGGAGAAGUGCGACCUGCCCGCCGUGUUUUUCAGCAGGAACUCGGGCUGCCGCAGCGUGUGCACGAUCAACUUGUGGAAGCCAAAGUGUUGCCGUGGUUACUACGGGCGAGACUGUCAAGCGUGCCCGGGCGGUGUCGGUUCCCCUUGCAGUAACCGUGGUGACUGCGAUGACGGCCAUCUCGGCAACGGCACUUGUACUUGCGUGACGGGCUUCAGGGGCGUGGCUUGCGAGCUUUGUGCCGACGGGUUUCACGGCGCCAAUUGUAGAGCCUGCAACUGCUUAGAACACGGAACGUGUGACGACGGCAAAAGAGGGACCGGUUCUUGUUUUUGUGAGGCGGGCUGGACCGGCGAGCGCUGCGAGACACCACAAGCUGAGGUCUUCCAGUGUUCUCCGUCUUGUUCCGCCAAGGCCGUCUGCCAGGAGAACAACACGUGCGUGUGUCGGCCAUUUUAUGAGGGAGACGGCUACACCUGCACAGUGAUGGACAUGUGUUACGUGUGGAAUGGCGGCUGUGCGAAGGAGGCCAAGUGUUCUCAGCGAGGCGAGCUGGUGACCUGCACGUGUUCUAAAACUCACUCUGGGGACGGCUUUUCCUGUCAACCUAUUGACCCCUGCGUUGCCGGGGACAACGGCGGCUGCCAUGAACACGCCACAUGCGUCAUGACCUCGCCGGCUAAGAGGAAGUGCACGUGCAAAGAGGGCUACAUCGGAGACGGCGUCACCUGUGAGGUCAAACAGCUUCCGAUCAGCCGUUGUCUUCAAGAAAACGGACAAUGUCACCAGGACGCGCAGUGCACCGAUCUGCAUUUUGAAGACGCGACACUCGGCGUGUACCACCUGCGUUCAGAAGACGGUCAAUACAAGCUGAACUACACAUCAGCUCGGUCAGUGUGCGCUGCCACGGGAGGAGUCUUGGCUUCUUACACGCAGCUGUCCUACGCUCAGCAGGGCGGCUUGAACAUGUGUGCCGCCGGCUGGUUGGACCAGGCGCAGGUGGCGUACCCAACCACGUACGCCAACCCCAACUGUGGCUUUGGACACAUCGGCAUCGUGGACUACGGCAUCCGCAAAAACCUGAGCGAGACAUGGGAUGCCUUCUGCUUCCGGAUGAAGGACGUGAACUGCGAGUGCAAGUCCGGUUACGUUGGGGACGGCUUCAGCUGCACAGGAAACCUGCUGCAGGUCCUCAUGACCACGCCUUCCUUGUCCAACUUCCUCACUCAAGUCCUCAACGUGUCUCAGGCGUCUGAAGCCGGGAAAGAAUUUGUCAGGCGUCUUCAGAACCCGGCUGUCCAGUCGACGCUCUUUGUUCCCAACAAUGAUGGCCUGAUGGACAACCAGACGUUGUCCCAGCGCGACUUGGAGUUCCACCUGUCGGAAGGUCAGGCUCUGGCGCUUGCUCAGCUUACCAACGGAACUCAGCUGAAGACGCGUGUCGGCACCCUGAAGGUUUUUGGACUGUCUGACAUUUUUGAUCCUUCAGCUCUGUCAUCUCGUUACGUCAACGACCGAUUUGUUUGCGCCGCCGACAUAGUCGCCGCAAACGGCGUCAUACACAUUCUGCAGGAACCUCUUCUGGCCCCGCCACCUCACCGAGCAAUUGGUGCGGCGCACAAGGCUGGGAUGGGAUUUGGAGCCGUGCUGCUCGUCAUUCUGGUGUUUGGCGUCGUUUUCGUGGGCUUUCAUUUCUACAGACGCUCCGAUAAAUUGUUCCAGUUCCGUUACUUCAAGGAAAACGAGGAAGAGGAAGGGGAAGAGGAAGAACCUGCCACUCGCAGUAUCUCCAACCCAGUUUAUGAAGACGCUCCAGAAGUUGCCCUGUCUGACGUCACAGAAGCCCAGGCGCCUGCCAAGUCCAAACACCUAGAAGACAUGCUGCAGGUUAGCUGAGGUGUGAAGAUGAAAUGUUUCAAGAUGUCAAACUGAACUUUGUGAAAGAAAAACAAUCUACAUGAUUUUCUUUUAAAUCAGCAUCAAGCUAUUUUAUUGGUGGAUUUUUUUUAGGACCCAACAGCACCCCUUACAUCAAAGAUCCCCAAUUUUUUGGACUCAGGGGCCACAAAUCGAUUUGUAUAUAUAUAUAUAUAUAUAUAUUUUAUUGGAUUAUCCAGAUAAUAGUGCUCGAUACUAUGGUAGAGCGCAAUAUGUAUGUGUGGGGAAAAAUCACAAGA